CCAAGAUAAGGUGAGAUGAUCUUGACUUCAAAGAUAAAGUUAUCGAAGUUAUCGAGAUGAGAAAUCAACAUCGCUUUGUUUAGUCGAUAACUUCUAUUACCAAAAUGCAGAUAUCUGUGUGUUUAUUUGUUCUAUUUGCAUCAACAACCUUCACAUUAUCACUGCCAGCAUCCGAAUUAGCAGCUAUCGACACAGCUCGUAUCGUCAAUGGCUUUGAAGUUGACAUCACUCAAGUCCCCUACCAUGCUGCUUUGAGGAGGAGGGUAACGGCAGGCUGGUCGUACACCUGUGGAGGUUCUAUCAUCUCCAGCAGAGCUGUGCUCACUGCAGCUCAUUGCGUUGUUAGUUAUGAAGACUCCCCAUCACUUCUAAGAGUCACAGUUGGAAGCUCCUACCGUCUAUCUGGUGGCAAGUCAUACGAUUUAUCCAAGGUUAUAUCUCAUGUAGAAUAUAGCCCAGAAACUUUAAUGAAUGACAUUGCCAUGCUUGUCACCAGUAAGGAUAUUGCUUUCAGUGCAAGUGUGAGCUCUAUAACUUUUGCUACUUCAAAUUUGUAUCUACCUACUGGUACCGAAGCUCUCAUUUCCGGAUUUGGUUUGGUUGAACAAGGAGGCUUAGCAUCUCCAGUUCUACUAGCAGCGAGAGUCCAGAUCGUUGAACAAACUGUCUGCGCACGAGCAUACCAGCGCAUCACCACGAUACACCCUGGAAUGGUCUGCGCCAACGCCACGAAUCCACCAAGGGAUUCCUGCCAAGGGGACUCGGGAGGUCCCUUGGUGGCGCAAGGAUAUUUAGCCGGGAUAGUAUCCUGGGGUGAAGGAUGUGCAAGCGCAGUCUACCCUGGGGUAUACACGAGAGUAUCUGAGUAUUCUAAUUGGAUUGUCAGUAAUCUCCAGAAUAUUUCUAGUAAUUGAAUGCGGUACCUAGUAAAUGUAUAAGGCUUUUCAGUCAGUGGUUGAUGACUUGUAGAUGAUGCUCAAUUUUUUGCCAUGUGUUUGUUUGUAUUUAUUAUGAAUCUACCCAGAUUAUAACUUGAAUAAGACUAAGGAAUAAUAGUAAAGUUUUUGAUUUGUUA